AGUUCCUCAUUUUUUUUGCUUUUUAAUAAAAGUCAUAUUUUUGUCGUCAUUUUUUGUAACCGUUUGACAUUUUUUACCCUGUUUUUGUCGUCAAUUUUUGAUUUAGUCCGAUGUCUACCGACGAUAGCUAACAAUCCGGCAGCAGUGCAUCCAUUUAUCAUCUGUCAAUGUCAAUAUGUCAAAAAUAAGGUUAUGUACCUAAUAAAUUGAAUUCCACUCCUUUUUAUAAACAAAUAAAAUUAAUACAACUCCGAAAAUAACCAUGUGUUAGAAGUCAUGGAAAUUCUAGUGGGACUGAUCAUAAUCGCGGCAAUCUACUUAUGGGCGUUUUUUAUGGACAGAUUCUUUAAGUCGUGCUCCCACUAUGCGUAUAUUCAGUUCCUCAAGGGCACAGGCCUGGAGAUCAAAAUCUUCCAGUUCACCUGGACAACCAGCGCCUUCAACAAGCUAUUAUACAAAUGGGGAAGUGGCCCCAGCACGUUUUUGAAUCUCUGGUUUAAUUUAGGGUUAUGCUCCAGUCUCCUCCUGCUUCCUGCCGCUAUAUAUUUAUUGUUAACAGCGUUUUUCCAAAACUUCUCGUCUUACGCAACAAACGAAGAGAACAUGAUCCAACCAGUCGUGCCUGGAGUCAAUCUCCCAGCUUCUGAGAUCGGUUACUACAGUAUUACUUUACUUCUAAGUUCUAUUUUACACGAAUUAGGCCACGCUUUAGCCUCUGUCCAAGAAGACGUGCAUGUCAUCAACGUCGGUGCUAACGUUCUUUUUAUUCUGCCUGUAGCGUACGUAAACAUCAGCUCUGAUAAACUAUUCUCUUUGAACCCUUGGAAGAGACUUAAGAUUUUAUGUGCAGGCGUCUGGCACAAUUUACUCAUCGCUCUCUUAGCGUAUUUACUUUACACUUCGCUUCCGUCGCUUUUCUCGCCACUUUUCCUGCACGGAAACGGAAUCGUGGUGUCACAUAUCGAAGACAAGUCACCGAUCGUGGGCGACAGGGGGCUGCACGUCGGCGACAAAAUCCUACGAAUAAACGAGUGCGAUGUCCAAGACGUGGAGUCCUGGUACCGCUGCCUCACCACGCUUAAACUAACCAAACCAGCGUUCUGUAUCGAAGCUGACGUCGUCCACAACAUGGACGAAAGCGUCCACUUGAAACACCUAGAAAACGGAAUCGUAAGUUGCUGCCACUCUGACAAUAAAGGUAAACUCUGUUUCGAGUAUUUAGACAGUAAAGAUAGCAUUUUGGAACUGCCACCGUACGCGUGUCUCCCAGGCCGGGCUGUGAUAGAAGUAUCGACGAAUUUUUGUACAGCUGACCCCCACUUAUGUCCCAAAGACACCUUCUGUUUUAGACCCGUGUUGACGAACAACACGAAUUUGUUCAGGAUCAAACGAUUAGGACAAAUAGAUGUGAUUUACAUAGGUCCUGUGUAUGACUUAGUGAAGACUGUGAUGGUUUCUUCGUACGUACCUAAAUACGGGUUUUUGAGGACCGAGGUUCCGGAUAUGACGACGAAGUUCCUCGGUUAUCUGGUCAUGUUUUCCAUGGGGUUGGCAAUCGUUAAUAUCUUGCCGUGUAUUUUUAUGGACGGACAACACAUAACUAACACCUUGUUGCACAUUUUGUUUUCUAAUCAUUUAAGGACUACGCAUAUUAAGGUUAUUUCUGCAAUUGUGACCGCAUCUUUCACGUUUUUGCUGCUGAUUCAUUGCACAGUUGUUAUUUGGGCUAAGCUUAAGUACUAAGUACAAAAGUCGUGAUGUAUUAGAGGUUUUGUAUGUUUAUAACGUGUGUUCUUUAACAUUGUGAUAAAGUUGUUAGGUUAUGUUGAUUUAAUAAAUGAAUAGUUUUCGAA